CACGAGCCGCCCGUCAUCUCGACAGACGCCUCGGAGUAGGGGUGGUAAAGCAUGUAUGUCUUCCGCUUCUGGUUAUGGACUCUUUUCACCGCCUACACGAGCUACUUCUGGACGAGGGACUUCAGGCAACGGUCGAUAGCCGUCUGCUGCUGCUGCUGCUGCUGCUGCUGCUGCUGCUUCGCUUCGAAUUGCGUUAUCCAUGCGAGCUCCACAGAUGAAUCCUGAACACGCCUAGAGGUGCGUACGCGUGCAAGGCUUUGGUGUAGAGAGACAGCAAACGUGCUCAACCUCGUUCCGACAGCCUAGACAUGGCCCAGGAUGACUCUAUCAUCCCCGCUCAGUUCCUUCUCGACCUCGAGUUCCUUCUUUAUUACCGUAGGUCAACACUCCGGACGACCCAAUCAGGGCCUUCCAUAGUCCGGAUGUUAACACCGUAUCCAAGCAAUUACAAGCGCAACCCAUUGCGUUAAGGAUCGAGGGAUGUACUGUGCCCAGCAAGGAGUUGAUCGCGGCCAGAUGCGCUGAGGGAUCGGUUACGAGGGCAACGCACUCUUC